AUGCACUUCAACCUCGCCCUCGUCGCGGCUCUUGCCGCCUCCGUUUCUGCCGCGGUCACCCCCGCCGUUAGAUUCGGCUGUGCCACCGAGGAGCCGUCCGCCGAGCACAUCGAGAUCUCCAAGAAGCUUGCUGAGGAGGAGGCCGCCAAUAACGGUACUGUCAGCCUGGCUGCUCUGGCCACCAUCACCGUUCCUACCUACUUCCACAUCGUGGCUUCCUCCCAGACUGUGGCCAAUGGAUACAUCACCGACAAGAUGGUCACCGACCAGUUGGCCGUGAUGAACUCCAACUUCGCCCCCCACGGCAUCCAGUUCAACCUGGUCGAGACUACUCGUACCAUUAACUCCGCCUGGGCCGGCUACAGCAGCCAGACCGCCAUGAAGACUGCACUCCGCAAGGGUGACUACGGCAGUCUCAACCUGUACUUCCUCAAGAGCGUCGGAGGUGCUUUCGGAAUCUGCACGUUCCCCACCACCGCCUCCCCCGGCUCCUCUGCUUUCAUCGCCGACGGAUGCACCAUCCUGUCGUCCACCGUUCCCGGCGGAAGCGAGACCAACUUCAACCUUGGAAAGACUGCCACCCACGAGAUUGGUCACUGGUUCGGUCUGUACCACACCUUCCAGGGCGGUUGCAACGGUGGAGACUCCGUUGCCGAUACCCCUGCCCAGGCUAGCUCUUCUUCCGGAUGCCCUGUCGGCCGUGACUCUUGCCCCAGCAUCGCCGGCCUCGACCCCAUCCACAACUACAUGGACUACUCCUACGACUCUUGCUACGAGGAGUUCACCGCUGGCCAGCAGACCCGCAUGCUGAGCUUCUGGAACAACUACCGCGCCUAA